UGCGAAGGGAGCGCGCGUUUCGAACUCUACCAACUUACGGUCGGAAUUUUCGAAGUGUUGUUAAGUGUUUGUGAACUGACUUUGGAUUGUAGGUUACUGAAAGGAAGGGGACAUGGAGACCGUAGUCCAAUAUUUGCUUCUAGCUCUGGCCCUGACUUCAGUGCAAAUAUCCUACACUGAAAGCCGACUAAAUGAAAAACGCAGAGAUAAAACUGAGAGACGUUUCCACUCGACGCAGAUAAAGGACAAUAUAUGCGAAAUAACGGACAGGGAGUCUAAGGUGCACUGCUAUUGCGAAAACACCGAAGUGAGGACCGCAACUCGAGCUGACUGCUGGGUUUUCAACGGGGGAAUUGACGAAACUGAUCCUAUUUGGUCUAGCUUCAGUUCCCAACCUCAUUUAGAACGGCUCACAUUCAACGUUCGCUCCGACGGCGCACUCAAAUUCAUCCCUCUCCAAGUGAUCCACAGAAUGAAACGACUGCAAAAACUCUUCAUCCAUUACGCCACACUCGACAAAAUAGAGAAAAGAACAUUCUCAAACAUGUCCACAGUGCGAGAGAUAACAUUAAUGAACAACAAAAUAACGGCAUUGGACUUUUCGGCGUUCACAAAUCUCCCGGCCCUCGUAAACUUGACUAUAAAAGAGAAUAAAGUGACCGAGAUUCAGAGGGACGUAUUCGUCGAUUUACCCUCACUCAGAAAUCUCGAUUUGUCGUUUAACAGCAUUAAUCUGGCACACGACGCUUGUUUUGAACAUCUGACUGUACUCAACGAUCUGAUACUAGAGGCGAAUUCAAUUACGAUAUUGACGAGAGAUACUUUUAGAGGCUUGGCUAAUCUGACGAGAUUGGAUUUGAGGUCCAACAAGUUGGCAAUGAUCGGAGACUUGACGUUCACUGAAUUGUGGAAUUUGAAUGAGCUGCUAUUGGACAAUAACGAAUUGAAAUUUUUGUCUGAAAGAGCCUUCGAUGGGCUUGUAUUGUUGCAGAAAUUAUCAAUGACUGGAAAUAAAUUGAAGUCGAUUAAUGAAGGCCUUUUGGAAGGUGUUCGAGGACUUGAGUUAUUAGAUUUGAGGAACAACGAGUUAGAGUACUUUACGUACGAAAACGUUAAGCCGAUAAUUGAAAACUUGAAAAUGAAGACGUCCGUUCUUUACUUGAGUGGCAACAAACUAAGCUGCGACUGUCGCUUGUCCUGGAUCCAGAUGCUAAGAAACGAAUCAAAAAGCGAAAUACUCCGAGCAGCAUUAGAUGACGUCACGUGUGUUCUCGAAAAAGUCGACAGAUCCCCAAAUGACGUCAACUUUGAUGUCCCAAAAAGUUUGUACGAGCUCGUCACUAACAACGCACCCCAAGAUCCUAAUUAUGAAACCUUUUAUGAAGAAACGAGUCAGGCGUUCAAAGAAACGACUGCUCAACCAGUUGUGAAGAGCCAAAUCUCGAUAUUUGACGUGCCAAUCGAAACUUUGCCGUGUCCGAGUGAAUUGGUACAGAAUAAAGAAGAUUCUUUAAUGCUGUCAUCGAAAGAUGAAAGCUAUUGGCAGCCUGGGUCGAGCUGUAGCGUUUUGUCAAGUUUAACAUUAAUAGUCACGUUAGGUUUAGUGUGUGUGUUGUUAUAAGUAGGUUUAGAAUUUUGUAAGUUAAACUUUUAUACUUCGUCUGCUGAGUUAACUUUGAUUUUUAUUAUAGA